AUGCGAGAACAAAAACCAAAAUAUCAGCAAUAUUUAUUUCGAAAUGUCAACUGGCACGAUAAAUGUUCACCAGUUUCCCAGACCAUGAGGAUUCCCACAAUUGCACAAUUGCAAAACUAUCAGCCAUCAGCCAUCGAAUAUCGCAACAUUUUCUUUCAUCGGCACACAUCUCCGAUGAUGGCUACGAGCCGAGGUGGUUCCAAUCCAAUGGACACCAUUAUCGCACAAGACUUGAACCAGUUAUCUUUUCAAGAGCGAUGUGCUGUAUACGAAGAAAUCCAUGGUGUUGAUUCUCCUCGGUUGGAAGAAGAGACGGAACAAGCAGUGAAUACAAAGCUAACCGCAUUGCAGGAUGAGAUUGAAAGGAUCGCUAUCAAACCAGCUUAUGAUCAGGCAAUGCAAAUGUCAAAUGUUUAUGUCACAAGUCGAAAGUUCCUACUCAUGUUUCUUCGAGCAGAGUCAAUGGAUCCAGCAAAGGCCGCUAAUCGUCUCGUGAAAUUUAUGGAGCGAAAGUUGGAGUACUUUGGACCUGAGUCGCUUGCGAGGGCAAUAUGUUCCAGUGAUCUUGAUAGCGACGACCUGAAUAACUUGAAAACUGGUGUGCUGCAAGUUUUGCCCGAGAAAGAUAGAAGUGGCCGAGCUGUUAUUGGCAUGUUCCUGAAGCUGAUAUCGUCACUACCCUACAGGCAUCCAGCUAGUAUGGUAAAGAUUAUGACUUUCCUGUACCUUUCAAUGAUUGAAAACGACGACGAAGCUCAGAAAAAGGGCACUGUGAUGAUUCUCUACUUCAUUGGGGAUGGGCCGUUUGAUUGGGACCACGGUUUCCAACAAAGCGGGGGCACAACCAUCCCAGAGUGGCUUCCAGGAAAAUUCAAGUGCAUCCACCUCUGUACACCCCCGAACUUGGCCAAUUCGAUAGGCCAUGCGAUUGCAAAUCAAUUGCAUCCAAGCCUUCGAGUUCGUUUCCGAGUGCAGAGCUGUGAGUCGCAAACGGAGUGCCACCGCAAACUAAUGACGUUUGGACUACCGGUCCAUGUAAUUCCAGUCACCACUGGGAUGAAACUCAAGACUGGAACUCAUCUGCGAUGGAUGGCAAAGCAGAACACUCGAGAUGCGUCGAUCCUCCAAACAGGAAACUUUCCAGGAAUUGAUCUCCCAGGAUCACAUGAUAUAUUGCUGGGCAGAGGCAAGACGCUUCAAGAACACUUGGGGAAUCAAAUCAUGAGAUCACUUGUUCGUGAAUGGCUUUUCCGGUACACUGAAGCUGACAGGAUUAUGAAAACGAACAUUGCCUGGGAAUUGGUGACUCGCAUCAAACAGGGAGGUUCCAGAUUCUUGGCACGUUCGGAUGACGGCUGGUGGGCCGAGGUGAUUGAUGAUUUGGCGAGAGAGAAAGUAUCUGAGAAUGCCGAGAUAUUGUGA